GUGAGUCGACGAUGACCUGCGCCCCACGCACACACCGAUGCUGCUCCCCUCCCUGCAGCCUGCUCCGUACCAAAUACUUCCUGACUAUUGCAUGACAAGUCGUUUUGGUUAUUCCUAUUUUUUUAAAUGAAAGCAUCGCUUUGUGCGGAGAGCCCUGCAUGCGAGAGACUGCGGUGCAAUGAGUUUGUUGUGACUUUUGGUUUCCCACGCAGGCGCUGCUCCUCUCCUUCUCCCUCUGAGCAUUUUGUGAGCUCUGCCGUGCACGACUAUCUUUGCUAUGCUGCAGAAUAGCAAGUUAUAAUCACUGGGAAAGAUGUUUAGGGCCAUUGGUGGGCCCAAAGCAGCUCACUGAGCUGCAGAAGAAAGGCCGAGCACCGGGUUGCAGCAGUGCGUGGAGCUCCUGUUCACACCGCUGGGUUUUUAGAAAGUUGCUUUUCCUACGUUGGAUGCUCCAGUAACUGAGCUGCGGCAGCUGCUGCAUGUCCCACGGAGAUGACCGAGCCCCAGAGCCGCAUCUCAGCAAGCUGGGGGGGGGCCUGAAUGAUCCCCGUGACGCUUGCAGCAGGUAACGUGUCUCCCUUCUGCUCUCUGCUUCUUUCUGUUCCUGGUCCCUUCUCCAGACGCUGGUGUGGUGUGCCGGGGCAGGCUCCCAGCUAGCGUGCUGCUCUUUCACUUCGCUUCUGUUACAGCAGGGCCCAAGGGCGAGUUCGUUGCUUCCCACGAAGUGCAGCAGGUGCCGCACAACAGACCGAGACCACCCAGCCCCAAAGACGGAGGGGCUAGGAGCGGGGACAAGUCUCUCAUGCAGACAGAAGCCGUGAUCCCGGGUCUCCCACAUCCCAGGCACCGGCGAGAUGGAAGAGCGCAGCAGUGUUGUCCUUCCCGUCAUUUUUGGCAUCAUUUGCCUCGUGGGCACCGUAGGGAACUGCAUCGUGAUCUACACCAUCACCAGAAAGCCCAAGAGGAACCGUAACACAGCAGAUGUCUUCAUUGUGAGCCUCUCCAUCACCGAUCUCCUCUUCCUGCUGGGAAUGCCCUUCCUCAUCCACCAGCUCCUUGGGAACGGCGUCUGGCUUUUUGGGGCUACCAUGUGCACCAUCAUCACAGCCUUAGAUGCCAAUAGCCAGUUUGCUAGUACUUACAUCCUCACGGCCAUGUCCAUCGACCGCUACCUGGCCACGGUGCACCCCAUCCGCUCUGCCUACAUGCGUACCCCCUGCACGGCUGCGGUGGUGAUCUUGCUGCUGUAUCUCCUGUCCCUGCUAACCAGCGUGCCAGUGUUCAUGUACAGCCAGCCCAUUGCCCUGCCAGGCAGCAGAGCAGGGUGCGGCAUCAUCUUGCCCAACCUCUCGGUGGAUAUCUACUGGUACACGCUGUAUCAGUUCUUCCUGGCAUUUAUCAUUCCUCUCUUGGUCAUCUGUAUCGUGUACCUGAAGAUACAGAAGCACAUUUCAUGUGUGGUGUUACCACUGCCCCAGAGGAACUUCAGGGCCAGGACUAAGAAAAUCAUGCGGAUCGCGGUGACCAUCUGCUCCGCGUUUUUUGUCUGCUGGGCACCCUAUUAUAUACUGCAGCUGGUUCAUCUCAAAGUCACCCAGCCCACCACUGCCUUUCUCUAUGCCUACAACGUCGCCAUCAGCCUCGGUUAUGCAAGCAGCUGCAUCAACCCAUUCAUCUACAUUGUGCUGAGUGACACUUUCCAAAGAAACCUGGUCAAGGCCAUUUGCCCUGGGCGCCCGGUCAGGAGAGGCAAGAGACGCCCCGCCGGGAAAGUCAGUCCUGCUGUGAAAUUAAAUUCGGGGCCGCAUCAGGAGACCUCGCUGAGCUUGAUGUACUCUCACAAUACAGGCAACUAUCUCACUGUCUCGGUUCCUUAAAGAACCGGGCUUAAACUCAGCAAAACAGCGAUCAAGCUGCAGAGAACACACUGCAAGGUUGUAGGCCUUUUUGGGGGGGAGAAGUAUGGUGGUGACUGGCUCAUGCGGGACACAGCUAGGGGUACGAGGGUGAAUUUAAGAAUUACUUAGGCUGAAGAGUUCCUACCAGCGAGGCUGGUGGGUGAUUUUAAUAAGGAAUGUGGUGGAAGCCCCAUCCAUCGCCUGAGCUUCUGCCACUAGCACUUGAUUUGACUGAGCGUGCAUGGGUUCAUUGCUGGGAAGGCUGCUGCCCGGGAAGAGAAGAUCUAAAUGACGAUAUGGCCCUUAUUUGCCUCUGAUUUCCAUCAUUCUGGUGGUAUUUUUUUGUGAACAGAAACCUAAUUAUUCAGUUUAAGGAGAAUGUGUUCUUCUGAUGCUGCUCCCUUUGUUGGUGACAACAUAGGUGUUAUAAAUGUCACAGUUUUGGAUGGGCUCAAGCAUUUGGAUUAAGGUCAGCAAUCUGGCUGGCUGGAAGAGAUUUCCCUGUAAUAAAAUGGAAGCUUGGGGUUAUUGCCACAGUUGAGCCACACAGGAAACCUUGUGGCAGGAGUGGCUAGGAAAAGGUAUGUGGGAAAUGGGAAAAUUAUCCAAUAAAUAAAGCCAGGGGGCUUGUUACAGGUCCCAGGGGUGUGCAGAGCACGAAAGCAUGUCAGAGGGCUUUUAAAUUAGAGCUAUAUAUAAUACAAAUCCUUUCAAUGGCAGUAAGUUUGCAGUAGCUGCAAACCUGAGAGCAGCAAGGUUUCUCAGAAGCUACUACUACCGUCGUUAUUAAGGAUUUGGUUUCUAGAACUUGAUCUGUCACCCUCCUCCCUGCUGGGUGUGACAGCGUGGUCCUCUCCUCGCUGCA